AUGGAAAUUCUAGGAACAGUUGAGAACGAGAAGAAAACGUUAACGAAGCCCUUGUCCUUCGCUGACUGUGUCGGGGAUGAGCUGCCGUGGGGAUGGGAAGCAGGGUUUGACCCUCAGAUUGGUGCCUACUACAUCGACCACAUCAACAAAACCACACAGAUUGAAGAUCCGAGAAAGCAGUGGCGGGGCGAGCAGGAGAGGAUGCUCAAGGACUAUCUCUCCGUGGCCCAGGAUGCACUCAGGACGCAGAAGGAGCUGUACCACGUGAAGGAACAGAGGCUGGCGCUGGCCCUCGACGAGUACGUCCGCUUAAAUGACGCCUACAAGGAAAAGUCAAGUUCUCGCACAAGCCUUUUCUCAGGGUCUUCAUCCAGCACUAAAUAUGAUCCUGAUAUUUUAAAAGCUGAGAUCUCCACCACGCGAUUAAGGGUUAAAAAGCUGAAGAGAGAACUCUCCCAGAUGAAGCAAGAACUUCUCUACAAAGAGCAAGGCUUUGAGACACUGCAGCAAAUUGAUGAAAAGAUGUCAGGAGGCCAGAGUGGGUAUGAACUUAGUGAAGCCAAAGCCAUCCUGACGGAACUGAAGUCUAUCAGAAAAGCUAUCAGCUCAGGAGAGAAAGAAAAGCAAGAUCUGAUGCAGAGUCUUGCUAAGCUACAGGAGCGCUUUCAUGUGGACCAGAACAUGGGCAGUUCGGAGCCAGACCUGAGAUCUAGUCCUGUGAACUCCCACCUCUCUCUGUCCCGACAGACCCUUGAUGCUGGGUCACAGACAAGCAUUUCUGGAGAUAUUGGGGUGCGGAGCCGAUCAAAUUUAGCUGAGAAGGUCAGGCUGAGUCUCCAGUAUGAAGAAGCCAAAAGAAGCAUGGCUAACUUGAAAAUUGAACUGUCGAAGUUGGAGAGUGAGGCCUGGCCCGGGGCCCUGGAUGUCGAGAAGGAGAAGCUGAUGCUGAUUAAGGAGAAAGAAGAGCUUUUGAAAGAGCUGCAGUUCAUCACCCCGCAGAAGCGCACGCAGGACGAGCUGGACCGCCUGGAAGCGGAGCGCCAGCGACUGGAGGAGGAGCUGAUGUCCGCACAGGGCUUGCCGAGCAGGGCUCUGGCCGAGAGAUUGAAAUUAGAAGAGAAACGAAAGGAGCUGCUUGGGAAGCUUGAGGAGACUACUAAGUUAACUACUUCCUUGUACUCGCAGCUCAAAAGCCUCUCCUCCAGCACACUGUCUGUGUCGUCCGGCAGCAGCCUGGGGUCCCUGACAUCCAGCCGCGGCUCUCUGAAUACCUCCAGCAGGGGGUCUCUCAACUCCCUCAGUUCCAGUGAGCUCUACUACAGCAGCCAGGGCGAUCAGAUGGACACCGACUACCAGUAUAAACUGGACUUCCUUCUUCAAGAGAAGGGUGGCUACAUUCCUUCUGGGCCCAUCACCACCAUCCACGAAAAUGAGGUGGUCAAGUCUCCCAGCCAGGCUGGCCAGAGUGGACUGUGUGCCGUGGCCGCGGCAGCCCCCAGCCACACCCCCCCACUGACUGAGGCCUCCAAGUCGGUGACGUCCCUCUCCUCCAGGUCCUCUCUGUCGUCCUUGUCCCCUCCCGGCUCCCCUCUGGUCUCGGAUAGCACAUUUCCCGUGUCCCCUCACGACCCCUCCCUGCACCAGUUCUCCGUUGACUUCGAGGACUGUGGCCUGAGCAGCCACUUUGCUGACAUUGGCCUUGGUGAAAAUCAGGUCUUGCUGGAUUCAGACUCAGGAGCGUCCCAGUCUAUCUUAGAGGAUAAAGACCUUGACGAAUGUGCGGGGGAGCUGCUCUAUGAAGGAGCGACAGAUGUGGAAAAGUCAUUGCCCAAGAGAGGAGGACUCCAUCUGCGGGGAGACAAAACUGCGCGUGUAUCAGCCGCUGCCUCUGACGAGUCCGUGGCUGGAGACAGUGGCGUCUACGAAGCCUCCAUGAAACAGCCUGGUGAAGUGGAGGACAUGCCCUAUAGCGAAGAGGACGUCACCAUUGUGGAGACUGCCCAGGUGCAGAUAGGACUCAGAUACGACACAAAAAGUUCAAGUUUCAUGGUGUUUAUAGCACAGCUCCGAAAUCUCCACGCCUUCCUUAUACCUCAUUCUUCAAAAGUGUAUUUUAGGGUUGCCGUGCUUCCCUCCUCGGCGGAUGUGAGCUGCCUAUUUCGAACAAAAGUCCAUCCACCCACGGAAUCCGUGCUGUACAAUGAUGUGUUCAGGGUGGCCAUUUCUCAGGCAGCCCUGCAGCAGAAGACCCUGAGAGUGGAUCUUUGCUCUGUCAGUAAACACCGCAGGGAAGAAUGCCUGGCUGGAACUCAGAUCAGCCUGGCAGAUCUGCCAUUUUCCAAUGAGAUUUUCAUGCUGUGGUAUAAUUUACUUCCUUCCAAGCAAAUGCCUUGCGGAAAGAAUGAAGAAGAAAAGGAGGCGCCUGUAGUUCAAACAGAGGAGCCGGGGCUGGGUCCUAUAGACUUGGAUGCCGUGUCAGCCUUGCUUGCAAGAACUUCAGCUGAGCUGUUGGCUGUGGAACAAGAACUGGCCCAGGAGGAGGAGGAGGGAGAGCCGAGGCCUGGAGACCAGCGGGCUCCAGGGGGAGACUGCUUAGCGAUGCUCAGAGAGGCCUCUGAUGAAACUGUGGCCGCAAAGGAGGCUGAAGCUCACUUGGCAAAGGACAGUUGCAGGGGAGGCCCGAGGGCCUGCACUAAUGGGCCUGAGAAGAGUGAAGCCCAGUGUAGGAAAGAAAGCGAGCCUGCUGCAGACCCUGCUCAGCCACCAACUGGAAUUCCCACCCUGGUCGAUAAGGAGACGAAUACCGAGGAAGCAGUGGAUAGCAAUAUGUCGGUCCGCCCCAAAGACCGCAGCGGCCUGAGCUCCCGACAGCAUCCCUUCGUGAGAAGCAGCGUGAUAGUGCGCUCACAAACCUUCUCCCCAGGCGAGAGGAGCCAGUACAUCUGCAGGUUAAAUCGGAGUGACAGUGACAGCUCAACCUUGGCCAAAAAAUCUUUGUUUGUGAGAAACUCCACGGAACGGCGCAGUUUGCGGGUUAAAAGGGCCGUCUGCCAGCCCUCCCUCAGGAGGACUGCUCAGGAGUGCCCUGUGCGCACAUCUCUGGACCUGGAGCUGGACCUGCAGGCCUCGCUGACCCGCCAGAGCCGCCUCAACGACGAGCUGCAGGCCCUGCGGGACCUGAGGCAGAAGCUGGAGGAGCUGAAAGCUCAGGGAGAGACCGACCUUCCCCCAGGCGUGCUGGAGGACGAGAGAUUCCAGAAGCUUCUGAAGCAAGCAGAGAAGCAGGCUGAGCAGACGAAAGAAGAGCAGAAGCAAGACCUGAACGCAGAGAAACUGAUGAGGCAGGCGUCCAAGGAUGUGUGCCGGCUGCGAGAGCAGAGCCGGAAGGUGCCUCGGCAGGUGCAGUCCUUCAGGGAGAAGAUAGCCUACUUCACACGAGCGAAGAUCAGCAUUCCGUCCCUGCCGGCCGACGACGUGUGACCCCGUGGCUUGACGUUACUUCCCACCUGCUCUCUUUCCCAGGGAGGGUCGGAGACUGAACGUUUGCUGUUGAUCGUUUUUAUUUUUUGUUGGGGGGCGGGGCUUUUGAUGCCUGUAACCUAACUGUCAACUCUUGAAGAACUUCAGUUUCCCACAGUUUCAUCAGGUUAAUCUGUAAACUCCUUUGAAUGUAACUCUUACGUGCUUUGCGAAGGAAAAAGAAUUCACAGGACGGAAACGGGGUGAUCUGAUCCCCACGUGUGGCGCAGUGUGUGUGCGCGACCCCUGGGUUUCACUGUGCAAAGUGGAACAGAGGCUGCAGGUGCCCAGCGUCUGCCUGCUGAGCCCACUGCGGGAGGCAGCCGUGCAGGAACCCGGGAAACUGCUCGCACCAAACCAGAGUCCUGAGCUAGAAAGCCACACUUCCCCACUGAAGGUGCUCGCAAGCAAGCAUCGCCCUGAGUCCACCCGAAACAGGCGUGUCCCUUCCGUCAGCUGGGUCUGGCCCUCCUAAACCUGUCUGGAGAAAACAAAACAUGUGAAAUGCUGAAUCCAAGAACAUGAAAAGUCAAGGUAUAGGCCUACUGUAGAGAGCUGUGGUUGGAACGAAAGGGAAGGGGG